UCGGCGACAUUCCGCCUCCGCCGCAAGAUGAAGGCUGGGCUCGGCCGCCGCCAGGAAGCGUCGCGUGAGGCAGGAGAUAUGGAGGGCCUGCGGCCCCGCCGGCCUAGUUGAGGCAGCUGGCCCGUGUCGCGGUCCGGAGGUCAGGGCCGAGAUGCCCUGAAGUCAGCAGGCAUGGGAUGGGAACAAAUAUUCUCUUCCUGGGCCCGGAGAGAGGGAUGCUGGCCUCAAGACCCCCAUGAAGAGGCUGCUGAGCGCAGGCCAGCGCCGAAGCGUCAAGCGGAACCAUAAGGCCAUCAACCUGCAGGUGAAGCUAGAGGUGCUACGGCGCUUCGAAGCUGGAGAGAAGCUCAGCAGAAUCGGGAGGACCCUGGGACUCUCCACCUCCACCGUGGCCACCAUUUGUGACAACAGGGACAAGAUCCGAGCGAGUUCCCAGGCAGCCACCCCGCAGGCGGCCACUAAGCUGAUGUGCAGCUGCAGCCUGGUGAUGGAGAACAUGGAGCGGUUGCUGAGCGUGUGGAUCGAGGACCAGAACCAGCGCAAUGUGCUGGUUAACGUGGUGCUCAUCCAGGAGAAGGCCUGCAGCCUGUUCCAGGAGCUCAAGCAGACGCAGGGCGGGGGUGCUGAGUCUGAGACAUUUGGAGCCAGCCGCGGCUGGUUCGCACGCUUCAAGGCGUGGCACGGGCUGGCCACCCCGGGGGCUGGUGGCGAGGCGGCGCACGUGGAUGCAGAGGCUAUGCGCAGGUACCCGGUGCUGCUGUGGAGGGUGAUCCUGGAGGGCGGCUACACGGCCCAGCAGGUGUUCAACGUGGAUGACACCCGGCUCUUCUGGAGGUGGCUGCCGGACUGGACGGUCCUUUCCCCGGCCAAGAAGCCGGCCCCUGGGCUCAGAGCCGCCCGAGAUCUCCUGACCCUGCUGCUCGGUGGCAACGCAGCCGGAGACUUCAAGCUGAAGCCGCUGCUGGUGUACCCCUUGGAGAACCCACGUGCCCUCAGGGGCUUCUCCAAGCCUAACCUGCCAAUGCUGUGGCGCUCGCACAAGAAGGCCUGGGUCACCAUGAGCCUCUUCCAGGAGUGGUUUGUGUACUUCUGUCCCCCUGUGGAGAGGUACUGCGCCCAGCACGGGCUCCGGCAUAAAGCGCUGCUCAUCCUGGAUAGUGCUCCCGGCCGGCCCACGAACCUGGACGACCUCUCUGACCACGUGCGCUUGGAGUACCUGCCGAAGAACACCACGGCCCUCCUCCAGCCCAUGACCCAGUACGUGGUUGCCACCUUCAAGGCCUGCUACCUGCGGAAGCUCUUCCGCCUGUUGAGAGCACGGGCGGGAAGUGCAGGUGAGCAGUCGGCGGUCCUGGACUUCUGGAGGGACUACAGCAUCCUGGACGCUGUGUACAACAUCUCCGAGUCCUGGGAGGAGGUCUCUUCCGUGGCGCUGAAUGGGGGCUGGCGGAAGCUGUGGCCCGAGUGCCUCCAGCACGAUGCUGGCAGCCGGCAGGUGGAAACCCUCUCGCAGAUCCGGUGGGACGUUGCGGCGCUGGCGCACUGUGUGGGUUUCAGCGAGGUGGUGGAGGCGGAUGUGGUGGAGCUGCUGCAGAGCCAGGGCGCUGACCUGUCCAAUGAGGAACUGGUGGGGCUGGAGUAGGAGCGGGCAGCUGGGGAGGAAGGCGAGGACAGCUUGGCUCCCCCCCACCCCCCGGCCAGCUGACGGCCAGGUACCUGGCCAAGGCCCUAGCACAUUUUGAUGCUGGCCUGCAGAUCCUCAGGGACAAUGAUCCCAACCUGGAGUGCAGUCUCGGCGUCUUCAGGGGUGUGAACAACGCUGUCAGCUGCUACCAAGAGCUCUUCAAGGAGAGAGGCCGCAAGUAGUGUGUGUGCGCGCGCUCACAGCGGUGGGGUUGGGAGUUCUGAGGCCUCCGGAUUUUGUGGGGGAGAAGGGGUCCUCCCUUUACAUCUUUCCCGUGGAAGUUACACUGGUCUGCAUGUUUCCAUUUUGUUUUAUUAACUCCUCAAAUUUUUUUUUGUCAGCAAAUAAUUUAUUAUCUCAAGUGAACUUCUCAAAUACACCAUUUGGAAAGCCUUGAUGAGUUCUCAAGUGAUCUCAUCGCACCGUUGGCCUAUUGGACCAUGCAUACUCGGUCCCUUGGUGGAAGUCCACAAGGAAGCCAGGCUUCUGGCAGAUAUUCCUGGCUCCUUGCUCACUGCUCUGAGCUCUCCUGGAAUUCAGACAUGGGGCUCAUGGAGGUGGUGGACAUCCAGUCCAGAGAGGGGUUCUGCUGGUUUUCUGGUCCUCCGACCCUUUACCUGGGCUUCAGGACCUGCAGAAGCAAAGGCUGGCCCCAGAUGAGACUCAGGAUCCAGAGAGUAGGUCUGGGUGGAAGGAGUGCCUGGCCACACACCUGCCUGCUCCAUUCCUCCGGGGCCCUGGGUGCUUUUCGUCACCAUGUUCUGUUCUCUGAAAUGGUCUGUGCCCUGCUGACUUGCUGGGGAGAGGGAGGAGGGACUCCACCCUGUUGUGGGGCAGCUAGCAAGGCAGCAAACUCGCCAGGUCCCCUGCUCCCAGUGCGGGGAGUCCUCACAGCUACAGACAGCCUGGCCACACCUGGUGCGAGUUCUCCCUCUCUUCUUGUCUCUCUCCGGCCUGUGUGCCCUCUCUCCACCGGUUUCUGUUUGACUCCUGCCUUGUCCUCUUGACUCUUCUUCCUGUGGACCUGGGCUCAUUCUAGGCAGUGGUGACAUUUGGAGACAAGGCCCUGAAUCCCACAUGGGAUGACUGGAAGCCACUCAGUGCCCCACAGAAGGCAGCCUGCACAGAUGUGACCCAUUUGGGUAACAAUGUGGGUUUUGGGUUAGGGUUGGUCUUCCUGCAGGACACACAGGUCCUCAGGUGAGUGGUCCUUGUUUCCAUACACGGGGCCUUGUUAGAGGAAGCCUUUAAAUGAGCUUGACUUCCUUCCGCAGGAAUUGGUGGGGGUGGGGGGUGCUGUGGGUUAGGCCAGGAGAUUGGUCAAGGGCUAAACUUGGCUUGUGGGUUUUGAUGGGGAUCCCAGAUGCCCUUGUGUUUCCCCUCUGCUGUCCGUACACACCUCUGCACACCUGGCUGAGGUAUGCCCAGCCUGACCUCAGAUCACACACAGGAAACAAGAAGUCACUGCUGGCUGGACCUUUACACCUGAGCUGGCAACUCUUUUGCCCCAGCUCUCUGGACCUCUUUGGGCCCCACAGCUCUGGGCUCUCCUGGGAGUGGCCCUGUGGGUGUACCAGACCAGGGCUGCUGGGUAGCUCCUGUGUGGCUCUCUGCACCACUCAGUGUAGAGCCAGAGUCAGAGGAGAGACUGGCUUUAAAGCCACCUUGGGCAUAUUAAUCAGAUGAGGGAUGAGUCACGUGGCUGUGGGGUGUGUGGUCCAUCCCCAUCUAGACGUCCAGUGAGGGCAAGCUGCCCUGGCAGGGAGGCCUGGCUGCGUGUUUUCCAGAAACUGAAACCUCUGUGCCAUUGUCACAGCUCCCAGCUGUGUCCAGGGAGAACCUAGGGUGUGAUGCCAGUUCUGUCACUGUUUUAAGCUUUUGCCGUCUAAAAAGAGGACAGUCCCAUGCACUUCACAAGUGACAAGCGAGAUAGUGAAACAAGUGAAAAACGCCAAACUACGAGAGAAGAAAUGUUCCCUCUCACUUCGCCAGCUGAAGCGAUUUGAUGUUUGCACUGGGAAUGAGGGAGGGCUGUUGGUCCCCCGUCAGAGGCAACCCCAGCUUUCACUGCUACGUCAAGAUUGAAGGAUGCAGGAAGUGCUGCCUGAGGCCCAGGUGAGCAUGGUUGGCGGGGGGAGCAUGGGGUGCAGGCAGAGCUGAGGGAGUAGUGGGAGGACGUGACAGGAAGCUCUGUCAGCACUGUCCAGCAGAAGCUGCAUCCCUUCUGAAGAAAGGUGUUGCGGUGAAGCCUGUGGUGUUUGUGGGGCUGGGGCCUGCUGCCUGGUGGACCUCAUGACAUGCAGUCCUGAGCCAACAGACAGUCCAGAUUCAUCAUGGCUGGCCAGGACUGCACCACCGAUUUGUCCAGUUGAGGCCUCUGACCAGCAGAGAUGCUGCGGAUGUAGCCAGGUGUCCCUUCCAUUGUCCAGUCUGAGAACAGUGGAGCCUUUUCAAGUGAGGUGAUGGGUGCACUGAGAGGUGUGUGGAGUGGCUUAGCCAUUGUGACCCACUGGCUUUCCUCCUGCUGGUCUCCUCACUCUCCAGCUUAAUUCAGAUAUCAUGGACUCUGGACAACCUUCACAUAUUCCGUGAGAUUACUUACUUCCUCCAGAUGUUUGCACAUUUCUUAUUCCGAAAAUUUAAAUUUAAUUGUAAUUAUGUGUUUAUGAGUUUGUCCCUCUAAAAUUGGGAAUGAAGUCUGAUCGCCAGCCACUGUUACAGAGGCUUAAUUCUAGGUCAGCCCAGCCAAGAAUCCAGGCUCCUUUCUCCAUGCCGUCUCCGCCCAUGGGGCAGAGGCUCUGCCUCAGGUGCAGCAUGAUGACAGUACAGGGCCCCAUCUCCCUCAGCCCAGGGCACCUGUGGGGGUUGGAGUCUGUGCCAUGAUGAACAGGCUGCCACUCCAGCUCAGCACCCUGCUCAGGAAGAACAGGUGUCCCUUUGGGGGAAGUCGGUCCCUGUCCCUCCCCUGCUGCAGAGAAGGGAAUUAGAUACGUUACUCGGGGAGAGAGGCAGGAGAUAGAAGGCUAUAAACUAUCCUAAAAGGAACAGACUGCAGUUGAAGCAGAGCAGGUGAGGACAAAGUCUACAAUAUAGAUAACAGUGCAAACAAUUAAGAGCAGACAGGAUCGCCAUGAGGUUAGGGUCAGGGAUGGGGCUCAGGGAUGAGAGUCUAGAGGUCAAAGGUUAGGGUUGUCAGGGGUUAGGCUUAGAGGUUAGGCAUUACGGUUAGAAGUUAGUGUUCAGUUUAGGCAUAUAUAGCCCACUUCCUCCAUUCCCCUCCUUCCCCCUCCUUCUCUCUGAGGCCUCCAGGAUGGACAGGAUUUACCCAGGUUCACACUUGAGUGUGGGGUUGAGCUGGGCCAUUGUUUUUUUUAACACCCCCUUUCU